AUGGAUCAAACAUCUUCGGAAGAGCCUAUACGACCAAUAAUACAUAAAAGGCGAUUAACAUUCACAUCGGCAAAAGCUGUUAAUGGCAAUGAAUUCAGCAGUGCUAAUUUAUUGGAUAAAACUAGAAUGACCACUCCAGAAAUGGCAACUGAAACCGAGCCAAAUGUACUAGAGAUUCCUACAAACAAAACAAUUGAAUUGGAUAAGACGGCUGAUAUAUCAAAUGAGAACCAGAGCUCUCCUGGAUUAGGCAGUCAAAGUGAAUUCAAUAUAGUUUCGAAAGAUUUCAAUGAAGAAGUAUUGAAGGCAGUAAUUCGCGACGAACCUGGAACCAUUGAUGUCUCAUCCAAUGUUCCUGCUCCCAAAAUUAAUUUUGAAUCUCUUCUUUGUGAAUUUCCCACUGAACAAGCAUUAUUGGAAGCUUUUCCUAACGAAAUUUCAUCGAAAGCUUUAAGUGAAACUAAUCCUGACUCAGCUUCUUGUACGAUCAUAUCAAAUGAUACUUUAACUCAUCCUUUACCUGCUGAACCAAUUGACAAUGUUUUGCAGAAUAUUGAAUCAAAAUCUGCAACUGCAAUGCCGGUAGUAACAACACAAGCAUCCACUGCUAUAAGUACUACAAAAAUCGCAGCAUUUCAGGGAAAAGUUAAAGAUGUUUCCCUAUUUCCUGUACAGAAUAAUGAAGCAAAAGCUUCAGCUUCAGAGGAUAAUACACAAAAAUUAACUGCAAACAUCACUACCUCUUCUGUAAAUACUGCAUCCAAAUGCACGACUGAAACCCAACAUCUGCAACAAGUCCAGCUACAGCAAUCCACUCCAGAAUCAUCCAAAGUGCAAGCAUCACCACAUGUUCCAACUCAAACAUCAUGCGAAACUUCAGAAUCUGAUACAGCGCAAGCAUAUAAAAUAGUACCCGAAUUACUAAGUAACCUGACACCUCUUCCAAACAAAAAUUCUACAAUACCUAACUUUUCCGAUCAGGUAGUUCUCGUUGGCACAGCAUCGGGAACACCAGAGGUUCAAAAAACUGUGCAAUUUGGUGUUAUGGAAAGGAAUAACAGUAGAAAUGAAAUAGUUUCAAAGGAACAGCAGUAUCCCAGCGAAACGGUUGGAGUGAAGCAGACGACCCUAAUUGAAGCGGAGAAACUGGAAGGCAUGGAGGUAUCAUCUGAUGCAAUUCCCGAAGGAAGGCAAAAUCCUGCCGAGGGACCAAUAACGCAAUUUGAAACGCCCCGUAGGCCAGCAUCGAGCAUAGAUUCAAGGACAAUUACACGUCCAUCAAAAACACGAGUCCAACAAUUACCGGAUACAAGUCACGUCACGCAGUUCUCGAAAACUGAAUCAGAAUCUAGGAUUGCAGAUAUGCCUUCUGCUAAUCAGGGGCAGUCGCUUCCUUCAGCCGUUGUGACCAUUACAGGCAGUCAUGCUAUAUCACAACCUCCUCGGAUAUUGGAGCAGCAGUCGACAGUUGCACCACAACCACAAAUAAUUCCAGCUCUACCGUCAAGGUCAGCGCAUCAACAAACUACGGCAUCAAAGUCUGUUCCGCUACAGGAAUAUGUACCGAAAAUCAUUCCUCAGUUAGAGCAAUUUACAGCCGCAGCAGCUCCAGUAAGGGGUAUAAUACCACCAAAUAUUACUCCGUGUGUUUCAGUUAAUGCAAAUUCUGCUGUCAUUUCUAGUGCUGUAGCUAUACAAGGUUCUCCUCAUCAUCCGGAAAAUUCCCAAAGAGAAGAACGAAAAUCGUCACAGCGUGUACGGCAGCGAACCGUCACAGUCCAGAGCCAAAUAAGUCUCGAUAUAACAGCUGCAUAUAAUGAAGUGAAACAAAUGCACUCAGACGAUCCUGCUACGGAACUUAUGCGACGUGUGCAAGCAAUUGUCGCUACAAGAGAGAAAGAAUGGACUGCUAAAAACGAAAAGUUGACUCAACUACUUGCACAUGAGCAAAGGCGUAAUGAACCACUAGAACAGAAAGCUGCUGAACGAUUAUUGGCUAUGGCUGAAUAUGAAAAAUUGGUGCAAGAAUUUGUGGAAGAACUGAAGAAGAAGAAUUCUGAUGGUGAAUCGAAGUCGGUGGGUAGACCAGGACCAGAAAGAAAUUUAUCACCAGAUGAUGUUACUCAGCUGCUUAAAGAACGAGACCAGUUAGCGGAGGAAGUGAAUUCUUUGGAAACAAGUUACAGUGAACUUUUCAGACGUUAUGAAAAAUUGCGACAAACAAGCGUUGAAAUUAAACGAAAUGAAGACAGUGUCAAAAGCGCAUCUGAGGAAAUGGCAAGGAGAUAUUCACUUCUUGCUGAGAAAUUUGAAAUGCUUCGACGAAAUGCCGAGGAACAACUUGAUCUGGCAAAUAACGAAAUAGAGAGGCUGAUAAAGCAGCAUGAAGCAGAUACACUUGGUUUGCGUCUGAAAGUGAAACAUCAGGAAUCAAAGAUCGACAGUUUGACUGUGAGUCUGGAAGCUAGGCAGAAAGAGCUGGAAAGUAUGACAGCAAUAUUUGAAGAAGUAAUUACGAAAGCGGAAGCAAAUGACGUUGCGGGUGAUGCUUGA